AUGUUUUUCAGUCUCGAGCAUACGAAAAAAUCAAUUGUGCAAUUUCACUCAUUACUCACGUUAAAAGGGCCAAGACUCAAUCUACUUAUGUAUGCUAGCCUUGUGCAAUCUGUAAUCUCACUUAUACUGGUUGCAGAAAGUAUUUUCUAA